AGGUCUCCUCAGGCAAAGUCUCUCCACCCAUUUUUUCCCCUCAGCGCGGUUCAUCGACCCACUUCAUCCGCCUCCUGCUUCCUACUCGCCCGCUGAAGAUCCACUAUUCACCGGACCAGCCUGCACCACGACCGGGGACCACUCGUCUACCUCUUCUUUCUGACUUGCACUGCGGGAAGCCGUCUGAAAUCCUCCGGCUGCUCCAAACCAGAAGUGCAAACCACAGGAAUCUGUCUGUGGGUGUGUGUGAGUCUGUGUGUGAGUCUGUGUGUGUGUGUGUGUGUGUGUGUGUGUGUGUGUGUAUAGCUCCGUAGGCCUCCGCAGCUCUCAGCAUGUAUCAGGCGGUGAGGAAGGUGUUUUUCACGGACUGUCGCUGUGCAGAUGAGUCGAGCACGUACGAGACGCUGUUCUCCAAACUGGACACAAACAAAGAUGGGAAGGUGGAUGUGUCCGAGCUGAAGGCCGGACUGGCCGCCAUGGGCAUCCAGACUGGGAGGGCAGCCCAGAAAAUAGUUUCUUCAGGAGACAAAGACAAAAAUGAAGGGCUCGACUUCGGAGAGUUUUCCAAGUACCUAAAGGAUCACGAGAAGAAGCUACGGCUGACCUUCAAGAGCUUGGACAAAAACAACGAUGGUCGAAUUGACUACAUGGAGAUUAAGCAGUCUCUGGCUGAUCUGGGGAUGGAUAUCAGCAAAGUGGAAGCAGAGAAGAUCCUCAAAAGUAUCGACGUGGAUGGCACCAUGACUUUGGACUGGAAUGAGUGGAGGGAGCACUUCCUGUUUAACCCAGCAACCAACCUGCAGGAGAUUGUCCGCUACUGGAAGCACUCCACGGUGCUGGACAUUGGGGACAGUCUCUCCAUCCCAGACGAGUUCACAGAGGAGGAGAAGACGACUGGGAUCUGGUGGAGGCAGCUGUCGGCAGGAGCCAUGGCGGGCGCUGUGUCCCGUACGGGAACCGCCCCGCUGGACAGGAUGAAGGUCUUCAUGCAGGUUCAUUCUUCUAAGAGCAAUAAAAUCAGCCUGGUCGGUGGUUUCAAGCAAAUGGUGAAAGAAGGAGGCUUCGCGUCUCUGUGGAGAGGAAACGGAAUCAACGUCCUGAAGAUCGCCCCGGAGACGGCCAUUAAAUUCAUGGCCUACGAGCAGUUUAAGAAGAUGCUGGCCAGUGAACCAGGGAAGGUCCGGACCCACGAGAGGUUCUUGGCUGGAUCGAUGGCUGGAGCCACGGCACAAACGGUCAUCUACCCCAUGGAGGUGAUGAAGACCCGUCUGACGCUGAGGAAGACCGGGCAGUACUCAGGGAUGCUUGACUGUGCCAAGCAAAUCGUGAGAAAGGAGGGACUGAAGGCGUUUUACAAGGGCUACGUCCCUAAUAUUAUUGGCAUCAUUCCCUACGCUGGAAUCGAUCUGGCGGUGUACGAGAGCUUGAAGAACUUCUGGCUGUCCCGCUACGCCAAAGACACGGCCAACCCGGGGAUUCUGGUGCUGCUCGGCUGUGGAACCUUAUCCAGCACGUGUGGCCAGUUAGCCAGCUACCCCCUGGCUCUGAUCCGCACCAGGAUGCAGGCACAAGCCUCUAUUGAGGGCUCCGAGCAGCUGCCGAUGAACCUCAUGGUGAAGAAGAUUGUGGAGAGGGAGGGCUUCUUUGGACUUUACCGCGGCAUCCUGCCCAAUUUCAUGAAGGUCCUCCCGGCCGUCAGCAUCAGCUACGUGGUGUACGAGUACAUGCGGGACGGCCUGGGGAUUCAGAAGUAGGCAACAGAGUCAACUGUGACGACCAGAGUGAAAAAGUUAAUGCUAGGGUUGUGUGAAAAAAGCAAGAGCAGGCGACAAUGUAGCCGUUUUCAGGAAAGACCUCCAGAGAAUGUCCGCUCAAUUGGGUGCGGACCUUCUCCGGAGUUUGCCUUUCACUCAUUCAUCAACUUCGGCUUCAUUUCUGGAUGGUGGGGGGGAAGUGGAGACAUGUCUUCCAUCUUUAUUUACAGUUUACGGUCUCAUGGUCGACUGAUUUAACAGCCGAUCAACCUAAUGUGGAUAUUUUCCGAAGCACAGACACUUGGAGAGGUUUAUUUGUUGGUUUGAGUAGAUGAGUCAAUGAAGUAAUUUUAAGUGUGGGUCGUGUUUAACGUUUGACCAAAAAGCACCUUAUCGUACCGUUCUUCUUCCUAAUGGGAAACACAAUGUUCUCACUGUCUGUUCUCUGUGAUUAGUGAAAGUAGUCAGACCAAAUGUUGGAAAGCUUCAAUUCGUCCAGAUCUUAACGCAAGGCCGUUUUUACACAUCGGAACCUCGCUGUCAUGUUUGAGAAAGACACAUCUUCUGGGAAUGGAUUUCACUUUGAGUGUCGGCCUCCAUUUUACAGGAGAAUAUUGUUUAGACCUUUUUAUUGAGUUCGGUAAACGGGGGAGUAGAGAUGUGCCUUAUGAGAUGAUUCUCUGACGUCUGUGAACGUCUCCACCCUCACACUGUCUUGCCUUUCUUUCCAAUAUUUGGUGAAUUUGACGAUGGUGUUUACAGUAAUAAAAUAUUUCAUUACAAAAAGGA